AUGAUGCAGGAGGGCGGGUUCAACGAUCCGCUCCUGGGCGCGACUGCACUGCGCGUGGCCGCCAGCCGCGGUCACGUGCACGUCAUACGGUACCUGCUGUCGCAGCACAGCAAGCUCGAUGUCAACGCAGUCGACGCCAAGUUCACGACUGCCAUCUAUUGCGCGGCCAAGAACGGUCAUGUGGCGGCCAUUCGGGAGCUGGCGAGCGAGGGGGCCGAUGUGGACACAGGCAUCCAGCCGGGCCACUCAGGCGGUUGCGGUGGCUGCGCGUGUGGGCUCAACCUAGCGCGCCUUUUCGGACCCAACCCGAGAGCGAAGGCCAAGGGCUCGUCGCCGCUCUGGGUUGCGGCGUCGAGAGAUGAGCCCGAGGCGAUCAGAACGCUGGUGGAGCUGGGCGCCAAUGUCGACAAGCAGGCGUCAGACGGCACCUCGCCGUUUUAUAUCGCCUGCAAAUGGAACAGGUUGGACGCGGUGAAAGCGUUGCUGGACCCGGCCAAUACGAAGCUGCCCGACGUGAACGCACCCGCUGGCCCCGAGGAAUACGGCGCCUCGCCCCUCUACGUCGCCUGCGACGCCGGCAGCGAGGACGUGAUCGAAUACCUCCUGGCCAACGCCGACCGCAUCCGACUCAACGUCGACGCAGGCAACCAAAACGGCGCCACCCCGCUCUACAUCAGUUGGUACGAACCGGGCCGCGUGUCGCAGGUGGAGAAGCUCAUCGCUGCGGGCGCCAACCUGGAGGCCCGGCGCAAGAGCGGCGCCACGCCGCUCCUCAUCGCGGCCAGCUACGGGCAGAGCGAGGUGGUCGAGCGGCUGCUGGCGGCCGGCGCGCAGGUCAACAUCGUGGCCAGCGACGGCUCGACGCCCCUGAGCUGCGCCGCGGCCGAGGGCCACCAGAGCGUGGUGGCGCGGCUGCUGGCGGCCGGGGCUGACGUGAACGGUGGCGCGCCGGAGAAGCUGGCGGUGCGCGAGGCCCAGCGAGGCGGCCACCUCGGGGUCGUUGUUGAUCUGCUCAAGGCCGGAGCCGUAGCGCCUCCCGAAGAAGACGAAGAAGACGAAGAUGACGGAAACAGCGAAGAUGAGGAAGGGGAGGAAGACAACGAAGAGGAUGAAGGCGAUUACAAGGCGUUGUGCUGGUGA